AUGUGGAUAUGCUUAGCGGUUUUGCUCCUGGUGGGAUUUACCCAGGCUGAAUCCCCGCCUGAUGCCACAUUGGAUAGAUUUUUGAAUGAAACCAAUCAACAACUCGCUGUUAUUUAUGAUCAGGCUGUUUUGGCUAAGCUAUUGAAUGAGUUGCGUGGUCCCAAUGAUUUGGUGGCUCUCCUGGAGAUCGAGGUCACCGAUGAUAAGUUGCUGAAGUUUGUGAGGACUCUAACGACCCGCAAGGCCAAGUUCAAGCGCCUGGGAUUGGGGGAUUCCCGCCAGCGGAGAUUACUCUAUAAGUUUCCCCAGCUGGGGUAUGAGGCACUGAAUGACCGAGAUUUGGAGCGGGUCUACGCACUGGCCACCAAUAUGAGCGAUAAUUACCAUAAUGUCAAGCUGUGUGCCUACAAACAGCCGGGUAAUUGCACUUUGCGACUCAUACCAGAGGUCCAAUCGAUAGUUCAGGCAAGUCGAGACCUCCAAGAGAUCGAAUAUUACUGGUUCGAGUGGCGAAGUCGCACGGGCUUGGCCACCAGAUCUCAGUUCGUGGCCUUUAUGGAUCUUUAUAAGAAAACAGCCCAGCUGAAUGGAUAUCCCCGCGCCGAGGACUAUUGGUUUCGAUCCUUGGAACUGAAUGGUUUGGAAACUAUGACCCUGCUGGAUAAAAUAAUGCAUGGAUUGAGGCCGUUGUUUCUCCAAUUCCAUGCCCAUGUCAGGGGUUCUCUGAGGAAGAUGCACGGCGAGAAUUUGGUGCCCCGAAAUAGACCCUAUCCCCAGCAUUUGGCAGAGGUCUUUAUAGGAAAUUCUUUUAGAAGAGUGCAGGCCGAAUGGUAUGUGGAUCUACCUUCGCCAGCGACGGGUUUGGCCAAUAUCACGCAGGAGCUGCAUCGUCGGGGAUUGAGCACCACUCAAAGGAUUUUCUGGAAUGUGGCGGAGUACUUCAGAUCACUGGGUCUACCACAGUUGGAGGACUCCCUUUGGACCUAUGCCCAAAAGGUAUCCGCCGAUGACGACGAUCGCUGUUGGCACAAAGCCUGGCGGUAUUACGCUUUGCCCAGAACCAACUUUACCUAUUGUCCCCUGAAUGACGAGGAGCGUUUCUUUAACAUGUUCGAGGCCCAGGCGGAUCUACAUUACUUUCGGGCGGCCUCGAUUCAGCCAACUUUACUGCAAGAGGAGCCCUUUCCCAAUUUCAGUGAUGCCAUUGGCAAGUGCUUCUCCCUGGCAGCCAGUUCACCGCGAUUCCUUCGAAAACUGGGAUUACUAAGGGAUGGCAAAUGGAAGGAGUUGCCCGCCCGUCUAAAUCGCCUGUAUGUUCAGGGCCUGAGGGUUGUGUUCCUGUUGCCCGUUUUCUAUGUCCUCGAUCGCUAUCGAGUUGAAGUUCUGGCAGGACAUAUAAAGGCGGAUGACAACGAGGCCUAUUGGCGAUUUACGGAGCACUAUACUGGAGCAAAAGCUCCAACGAAGAGGACCAACGAACAGUUCGAUGUGCCGGCCAAGCUCCUCAUGGAAGUAGAUGAUCAGUAUGCCAGCCACUUUCUAAGCAUUGUUCUGCAGUUCCAAUUGUUGAAGCACUUUUGCACCGAAUCGGGACAGUUUGAGAGUGGUAAUCCCAGUAAACCCUUGGACUUGUGCGAUCUAUCCGAUCAGCGAGGCAUCGGAGGGAUCCUCCAUAAAGGGAUGUCGCUAGGAUCUUCGGUUCACUACCGGCAAGUACUGCAGGAACUCGUUGGUGAAUCUGAGAUCAGCAUAGAUGGCCUGCUGACGUACUUUCAACCCCUACAAGAUUGGUUGCAACAACAAAAUCAACAGAAUGACCUGGAAGUGGGUUGGACAUAA